AUGGGUAUCUCACGCGACUCCCGUCACAAGCGCUCGGCCACCGGUGCGAAGAGGGCCACCUACCGCAAGAAGAGAGCGUUCGAGAAGGGUCGCCAGCCCGCCAACACCCGUAUUGGUGCUAAGAGAAUCCACCUGGUCCGCACCCGUGGUGGCAACCGCAAGUUCCGUGCUCUGCGUCUCGAGACCGGUAACUUCUCAUGGGGUUCCGAGGGUGUCUCCCGCAAGACCCGUGUGAUCGUUGUGGCCUACCACCCCUCCAACAACGAACUGGUCCGCACCAACACCCUGACCAAGUCCGCCGUCGUUCAGAUUGAUGCCGCUCCCUUCAGACAAUGGUACGAGGCCCACUACGGCCAGCCCCUCGGCCGGAGACGCCAGCAGAAGACCGACGCCGCCCCCGAGAAGAAGAGCAACAGCGUCGAGAAGAAGCAGGCCGCCCGCUUCGCCGACCACGGCAAGGUUGAGGGUGCCAUUGAGAAGCAGUUCGAGUCCGGUCGCCUGUACGCCGUCAUUGCCUCUCGUCCCGGCCAGAGCGGCCGUGUGGACGGGUACAUCCUGGAGGGCGAGGAGCUGGCUUUCUACCAGCGUGCCAUCCGGAAGUAA